AUGAUUGUGAAGGAAUUUGCUGCUGUGACGGUUUUUCGGAAUUUCACACAGGGGGCUGCGUGGACGAUUCCUCCUGUUAGUUCUCUCGGGGGUAUGGCGAAUCCACAGGGGUAUUUGAAUAUUGUGAGUGAGUUGCAGCAGGAAGUGCAAGAUGGUGGACUCGAAACUCUGAAUGCCGAGUCUUGUUAUUACGAGUACAUGGAAGCUGGGCAUGUGCGGAAUGUUCUUUGGGUGAUUGAUCCUUUGGACUGGGUUCCCAAAGAUCCUGCUAUCCUUGAUGAUGCCUCUUUCCUCGGUAGUCAUUUGUCCGUGCUGGCAGCUUUUGAUUUGAGCUCGAUAGCCGGCGUUGACGGGUUUUGUGGUCCAAACAAAGCUUGCGGUGACAGCAGCCAUUGCAGUCCUACUCAAGCGGAUCUAGGUGAUCAAGGUGGUGCUCCGAUUCGUUCUUUCAUCAAUACACCAGACAUCCACACACGCUACGCAUGUCUGGCCUCGAGAGCAGAGUAUCAGAUAUUCUGGUUCAAACGGUCAUCAAGGUGGUCUGGUCGUUUGGAUUUUACCUCGACUGAUAUCUGGCAAGGUGGCCGUCGACGCUGGGUCACCGCUGUAGACCAACGACAAUGGUGGAUGUUCACAUUCUCAUGGGCUUCAGGUAUGACGUUGAUUGCCUUUCUCGUGGGUGGGAAGAUCAAUCUACGAAAUACGACUCUGUUCUCCUCACCCAUCGACCUCUCCCUGUCAAAUCAUAGCGGAACUCUACCAUCGAUGCUGGUCGCCAAUAUCCCGCAACUUCUGAUGUCAUACAUCUACCUUGGAUUAAACAAUAUCCUGAGUACUAUCCUGGUCAUGAAUGAAUGGUGCGGAUACUCGACCGAGUCCGGAAAGCCUCCCAAGGGUCUCAGAGUGACUUCUCCAGCGCCGGACACAGAACAACGAUCGACUUAUUUUCUCUCCGUGCCGUAUAAAUGGGGGAUUCCAACUAUGAUAGCAAUGACGAUUGCGCACUGGUUAGUAUCAGAAAUGAUUGUUUUCGGCCAGAGUCAAUUCCGGACGAGGUAUCUCAUCAAUGCGCCUCCGAGGGAAACUAUGGUUUUCCUAUACGGUUUUAUUCCUACAAUGAGGCAUGCUGUUCCAGUCAACGGGGCUAUUUGUUUUGUUCUGGUUAUGCUGCUGCUUGUCAGCCUGUAG